GUGCGGUUUAAUCUUUUGAUAGCUUUCUCACAGGUCUAUGUGUAAAGUUAGACUAGGUCCAGAACGUCUCAAAAACUUUAUCAACAAAAAGUUUGGGGGGAUUCUGAAUAUUUAGGCCCUUAUAUCAUUUGUAAGUCGCUUUGGAUAAAAGCAUCUUCUACUAAAUGUAAAUGUGAAAUAGCAACAGAAUGUCUACAUUCAAAAAUACCUAUUUUCUCCUAUUAGUCCUUCAUGUAUACCCCAGAGAAUGUUUUGUGUUAUACAAGACAGCUGGGGAAGACCUUUUGAUAGAGUGUGGUGUAUCAGAGGGUGAUGUCGAAUGGAAAUUUAACAGUAUUCUCAUCAUGCAUAUUAAUGGGAAAACAGGAUCUAAACGGAGGGGUAUACAUUUUCUCUGUUUUCUCUCUGAAUACAAUUUGGGAAAAAUAAACAUUCGCUCAUCGUCAUCGCUUACAAGUCUAUUUGCUCUCUGUGAUUACUGUACUUGCCAUUUCAUAGGUCCUUUAUAUUCACAAAAUCCGUCUAAAUAUCUUGCAACUACAAACACUUUGAAGAUAACCCGACUGGAUAAACAUGACUCUGGAUCUUACUCCUGCUCACAUAAUAGAGAAUAUACUGUGCGUGUGGUGUCAGUCUUCGUUAAACCAGUCACGGUACUUCUCCAGUCUAGUGAUGCAGAGUUGCACUGUAAUGUUGAAGGAGAUCCCAAAGCAAAAGUACAGUGGCUGAGACCUCCUGAUGGUCAAAUACAUCCUGAAAGCAAGCAAAUAAUUCACCUGACAUCUUUGACUUUAAAUGAUGACGGCCGGUGGACAUGUAAGGUGGAAAACUUGAAGAUAGAUAUCACAUUGACUGUUGUUGGUCUCCAGACCAAAGGAACUAUUGAAGUGCAUGAAGGAGGGGACGUAGUUCUACCCUGUUUUCUUACUCGACGUAUAUCUCUACAUAUAAAGGAUGGGAAAUGGGAAGCUGACCACCUUCCUGAAAUCCCCUCCGCAACCCUAAAAAACACACAUAACACCUUACAGUGCAUGGGCCACAACACAACAAGAUUUUUAUUUACAAGUGGACAACUCGGCACCAACUUUACAAUCAAGAUGAUGAAAGUACAGCCCAGUGAUGAAGGGAUAUUUGUGUGUACUGUUGAGUUUGAUGGUGGAACGAAGCUGACUGCCAGCACAACGUUGACAGUUGUGUCCAACAAUUCAAGUAAAAAAGUGGACACCAGUGUGAAUGGGCAAACACCUGCAAGUGAGGGAUGGAUGACCAUAAAUCUGUUUGAUGUGCAGUUGUGGAUCGGGAUUGCUGUGGGAGCAAUCUCCAUGGUUUUCAUUGGACUUAUUGUCUUGAUUGUUAUUGUCCAACGAAGAAACAAACGUAUAAAGAAGCGAGCGGGACAAUUGAGGUCAUUGCAUCAACUUACUGCAGACAACUGUCAAUGUUACGACCUACUGCCAAUGUUACAGAGAAAUGCCAAUGUUACAGCCAACUGCCAGUGUUACAGGUUCUGAAAUCACCCAUUAAUCCUGCCAUGUAGAGAAGCAAAUCAUCUUGUUUCUUUACUCUUCCGUAAAGAUGCUACAUGAGUGAUUCCUGUUACACAUUUUUAUUACUUUUUCUCAUCGAUGUAGCAUAAAAAUAUAAUUUCAUUCCAUGUUUUUUUUCAUUUGACUGUGUUUACACCAUAGAAAUCAUCACAUUUACUCUAUUUCAGAAAAAAGGACAUUGACAAAAUGGCCCAUUUGUCGUUGAAUUGUUCUUAUCAUUCUGCUUUUUAUCUUUGUAAGAUUUUGGAAUUUGCUUGAAUGCAAAGUAAUGUAUUAAAAAAUUCUGGUGUUUCAUAAUUAUUUUCCUUUUAAGAUGACAGAGAGGAAGAAUUUAUGCAGGUAAGACCAGUUCCCCUCCCCAGACAGCAGAACUAAAUCAUUUAACUGAGAGAAGCAUUUUUUUUUUGGAGCGUGGACAGCUGGAGUCACGCUGGGCUUAUUGACAGAUGAUGACAAAUCAUGAGAUUGUUAAAUGUUGUACUGUAUUAAACGACUGGGGAUGUAAUGAUUCCCCAUGAGCAGGUUGAAAAUCGAUUAUAAUAUGUGAUGAGUCGGUUGAGAUGGUCAAGGAAUCGCAAAACAUGUAUUUAACAGCAAACUUGGUAAAUGUGGAUACGCUGAUAUUUCUGUUUAAAAAAAGCAUCAACAGAGACUAUCCGAAGAGACUCUUGUAUUAUUAUUUUCUGUUUAAUUUGGAAUUUGUUUUAAAAUUGCAAUUUAGUUUUAUUAUUUGACAAACUAUAGAUUUAUUUUACAAAAAAAAGGGUAUUAAAAGGUCAGUUGUUCAUUUCUAAUUUGUCUUAGCUAAUUUUGUAAAAACAAAUCGUGAAAAAUUGUUUCCUGAGAUAAGUAUUGAGAAUCGAGUAAAUCAUUAAAGGCCUAUGCAUCCUUUUCAUAAUCAAGUUUAAGUGCAUUUACAUUGUAAGUAUGUGCUGCUUUUAAAAUGUAAAUGUUUAUUUAGGUCUCAUGACAUAAUGUUUUGAAA